AUGGAUAGCAAACUUUGGGCGGAAGAAUUCAAUCGUCACAAUCCACCUAAAAAGAUUGACAUAUUUCAAAUGUGUGUUCUGGAAUUUCCGGAUGAGAACCAGCCAUUCUAUCACAUGGAACGUUACAUUGAAGGCGAAUACAUCAAGUAUAAUUCGAAUUCGGGCUUCGUCUCUGGCAUUCAUCGUAAAACGCCACAGGCAUCGGGUGAAGGUUACGGGAAUGGGAAUCUGGGCACAAAAGGGAUGGCGUUGUUCUUCCAUUCCCAUCUUUGCAACGAUAUUUGCCGAUCGAUGUGCCUGACGGAGUUCGAUCUUGCUGAAACAGAAAAAACUGCUCUUUUGGAAGGCAACAAUCCCGAAACGGUUAUAUUUCGACUCCUUUCCAGUCGAGGUUGUUGA